AUGGGAUUCCAUGGUUGCGACACAUGGGAUCUUCCAAAGUCUCUUGCUUCUUACAUCCCACCCUUCCAUGAUCUUACGAUCAGUGCGUUCGCUAGUUCUGCUUCUUCCAACGGAUUGGUUUUGAUGGUAGGAACUGGUUAUGGCUCCUUUGUUGGUAAUCCAUUAUUACAACAGUGGGUUGAAAUCACUUCUUGUCCUUAUGAAGCUUCUGCUAUGUUUGGUUUGGUGACGCGCUUGGACGAGGACAGAGUCGUUUUGAUUUUAAAGUCGUAA